GGGGGGCUUUUUCACAGACCGAGCAGGCGAGGAAGGUAUUGAUGGGGCCACAGGGGUAGCAGGAGGCACUGCGCUGUUGUGCUGCCCCUGAAGCUUAGCCCAGGCUCGAAUGACCAGCUCUGUGUCUGUGCCCACAGAGGAUGAGCUGCGGUUACAUCCUGUGCACGGUCCUUCUGUCCGUGGCCGUCCUCCUGGCUGUCACGGUGACCGGCGCCAUCCUCUUCAUGAACCACUACCACACGGCCGUCACCGAAUCCCCGCCCAUCGUCAGCACCAACCCCGAUGAGGCCAAUGCCCUGGUCACCAUCGAGAAGGCCGACAGCUCCCGCAUCAACAUCUUCAUCGACCCCAACUGCCCGGACCAGGCCAGCAGCCUCACGCGCCUGGAAGGCCUCCAGUCCUCCAUGCUGCGAGCUGUGACGGACCACAGCACUGAGAUGAAGUCGUCCAAGGGGCAGGAGAGGGCUCUGCUGGCCUCUCUGGCAGACGAGGUGGCCAAGCUCCUCACCCACACCACCCAGCUGAGAGCCGACAGCGACAGCCUGAGGAAGGGGCACAGCGCCAUGGGGCAGGAGCUCAGUGCCCUGCAGAACGAGCAGGGGCGGCUGAUACAGCUGCUCUCGGAGAGCCAGACCAACAUGGUGCAGCUGGUGAACUCGGUCAGCGACGUCCUGGACACCCUGCAGAAGGAUCGUGGCCUGGCCAGGCCUCGGCUCAAGGCUGACUUGCAGCGAGCUCCGGCCAAGGGAGCCCGGCCCCGGGGGUGCUCCAAUGGCUCCCGGCCCCGGGACUGUUUUGACAUCUACACGAGCGGACGGCAAGAGGACGGCAUUUACUCGGUCUUCCCCACUCAUUACCCCUCGGGCUUCCAGGUCUACUGCGACAUGACGACGGAUGGAGGCGGCUGGACGGUCUUCCAGCGACGCGAGGAUGGCUCUGUGAACUUCUUCCGCGGAUGGGAUGCGUACCGGGAUGGAUUCGGGAAGCUGACAGGAGAGCACUGGCUAGGGCUAAAGAGGCUCCACGUCCUGACGGUGCAGGCCAACUACGAGCUGCGCAUUGACCUGGAGGACUUUGACAACGGCACAGCCUACGCACACUAUGGCGCCUUCGGCGUGGGCCUCUUCUCCGUGGACCCUGAGGAGGACGGGUACCCCAUCACCGUCUCCGACUACUCUGGGACAGCAGGAGACUCCUUCCUGAAGCACAACGGGAUGAGGUUCACCACCAAAGACCUGGACAACGACCACUCGGAGAACAACUGCGCGGCUUUCUACCACGGCGCUUGGUGGUACCGCAACUGCCACACCUCCAACCUCAACGGGCAGUACCUCAAGGGGCACCACAGCUCCUACGCAGAUGGCAUCGAGUGGUCCUCUUGGACGGGCUGGCAGUACUCCCUCAAGUUCACCGAGAUGAAGAUCCGCCCUGCCAGAGAUGAGAAUUAGCCCGAUGGCAGACCCCCGACGGCGAGACCCCACGCCUGCCCCCGCCCCUGUGC